CUGUUACAUAAGGCCAUGCUGCAGUUUCAGAUCGUUCUACUGUUUGUGGUGGCUAAAUUAUUGCUCCUUCAACACGCCCUUGCGGUAAUGGGCGAUGAAGACGUUCCAUCGAAAAAGGAUGACAUGCAACGGCAUCGAGCAAAAAGAUGGCUUUGGGACGGUAAGUUAACUCAUGUACUCUGCUAAUACUUCGUAUUUCUGUAUUCACUUGUAGGCUGUAGUACACUGAGUAAAGUCUUUAUCAGAUAACGGAGGCUUGGCAAAAUACCUUUGCCUUAACAAGGUUUCGUUAUAUCGAAGUUCUUUUUCCUGAAAUAUUUUACUAAUUUCUGGGGUGAAGAAUAUCUGUCGUUAUAGUGAGGACUUCGCUUUACAGACGUUCGUUAUAUCGAGUUUUUUUUUUUUCAUAUAUUUUACUAUUUCUUGGGUAAAGAUUAUCGUUCGUUAUAAUGAAGACGUCUUUAAAGAGAGGUUCCAAUAUCGAGGUUCCUCUGUACAUACAAUUCAUUAUCGUGAAGCGUUCUCUUUUAACAAAAUGCUAGCUAAGUCAAAGUGAAUACCUUUCAAAUGAAAGCGAUUACCCAGUGCUUCAGGUUGUAGUGGAAGCUCAGUUUCUCUUUAUGUUUUACUUUCCAAGAUAAACUUGUUCAGUUUUUGUCAUCCUUUUCAUUGGAGUGCUAAUUUCUGUUCUUAGGUCAAAUGUUUAGAACAUUUUCGUUGUGCAACCGUUAAAAAAAAUGAUUCAAUAAAAGAUGCUUUACGACCCAAGGGCUACUAUUUUUUAACUAAAUGAUCUGACAGGUUAAGAAUUAUUAUUCAGUUGACGAUUGCCUUAUUUCAAACCCAAAUAGUUUUGAGACGUGGAACUUUGAAUGUCUUGUCUUAUAUUAAAGAACUGCAGAAGAUGCGAUCGAUUCUCCUUUGCGCAGGUCAAGGGAGUUUGAUAAUAUGAAAUAUUAUUUCAUAUUAUCGUUUUUUUAUUAAUGUCACAAAAAUGACAAAAUGAGAAGAGUCCAGAACCUUUUUCUCAUAAACUCUUUAUAAUUAAUAAAAUCCGAUUUGUUUUAUUUUAUAUGAUAAGCUAGAAGGAAAUCAGCUUUUAAGUCAUGAUGCGCCAGGUAUCAAUUUAUCACUGUAAAUAGUCCUGGUGAUUUCCUUGUUUGUUUAGUUACUUAGAUUCGUAUUAUAAAAUUAUAUUUGUGGACAACGGUGAAUUAAAGAAAGGCGCAUUGUUUUGAAGAAUGAUUAGAGUGUACAUGUGAAAUUAUUGAAGAAAGAAUUUUGUGACCAAUUAUAAUCACCGACGUCAAAGAUCAAUCUCAUACCUAUUAGCUCUACUACUUGUGAAUGAUUCAAAUAACCUCAUCUUUGCUUUAUUUCAAACAGUUUUUGUUAUCAUUUGUGUAUGAGAAUUGUUAGCUGUUCUGAUAUUCUUCAAGCCACUUUACAAGCCGAUCAGACCAUAGAAAGAUACCGAAUAGUCCAUCUAUUUCCGUUAAAGUAUCAUGAAUCGGUUUCUGAAGGAUUAUGAAUGGCCGAUCGUUUUAAGGCAUUGAAUCCAAGUUUGUCAGCUCUAAGAAACGGCCUAAAUCCGACAAAGAUAAAAAUAAAAUGUCCUUAUAUGCGCCGCAUCUACAAAAUCGAAUUUUUCCCUGCCAAAAUUCCACAGACUUACUAUCCAGUCACGUCCAUGUCAGUUUUCUUCCUACUACGUGCUACACUCCACUGUAGUUAAGUGGAGUUUCCCGAUAGGAAUUACAAAACCGAGCUAACCAAACAAAAAUAUUGACAUAAAUUUCAGGUAGUUUUGGAAUGCAUUUUCUUAUCCCAGAUCAAUCGAAGAUCCUUGUCGAAAAUUGUCGAAAAUCUUUGUCAAAAUGUUUGUUUUGUAUAGUAGUUCUUUAGUCUAAUUCCUUGUCAAUUGUAGAUGAGAGAUUUGUUUUCAUUGUUCUGGGGAAAUUCGUUGUCAACAAAAGUUGUUGACUAUGUAAACAACUAUCAUUAAGUAGUUAACGAAUUCUCUGUCUUAGUAAUUGCAUUAGGUUUAUUGAUAUGUUUGUUUUGUUCAGAAACUUUUUUUUACUGUCUUUACUAGAAUUCCUCCCCAUUUUGUUUUUCCGCAAGUUCGCCUUGAAUGGAUAUUAAAAGUAAAAUUGUGAAAUAGUUCUUUUCAGGAAAAUUAAAUGACACGCUUUUGGGUCAAGAUUCCUUUUUAGUAGCAUUCAAUUCCGCUUUUUAGUAACCUUUAGUCUAUGCAUUCACCAAAAUAUUCCCACCACUAAGCAAAAGCUUUCCUCCUCGCUUAGUAAAGAUAAAGUUUCUUCUCACAGCCCUUUGGAGGCAUUAGAAAGUCUACCUGAAGUGAUCAAUCAUUUUGUCACAUGAAUCGCCUAAGAUCACGAAGUUAUUUAAACGAGUCUUUUUUUUAGUCAUUGUUCAGCCAUACCGGUUUUUUUUAGGCCUAACAAAUAUCCUGUAUCAGCAAGUGGAUGACACAAACGUUUCAACAAAUUAAGAGGAAAUUUGUAAGCCAUUAGCUUGGUUUGUCACAGGUAAUCCAUCAUCAUUGAGCAUCAUAGUUCAGCUCAAGAUGAGGCCACUUAAGAUUUGCACCGCUUUAUGAACGUCUGUCAAACCUACAUCUAAGUGAACUCUAAGCGGUCGCACUGUAUUAAGCAGGACUAAGCAGUCAGUUCGCGCAAAGGGGCCCCGGCAACGAGUCUGCUUCCAGUCUUCACCUCUAUUUCAGGGUCAUUAAAAAAGGCAAAAGCAACAAACAUAAACAACAAAAAUAACAAUAACAACAACUGGAUUUCCUUAAUGUACCCACUGUAAUGUUAAGCACAAAGUCUAUCACAGCGUUUUCAUUUACGUCACCAACAGCUACAACUUGCAUGCAUAACUUAUUGGAACAAACAAUAGUUUUACAAAAGAAAAAUGCGCUCUUCAAUUCUCACAGGACUGGUUUUGGACACCAACAUGGCUGCUCUUUCGAAUUCUUUAUUUGGGACACCAAGACGGAUUUGUCGCCAUGUCAGGAUUGGUUUGCGACACCAAUAUGCAUGGCCGCCAUGACGUCAUGUGAAAACAUUCUGUGGUUAAGCUGAAGCAAUAAUUUAAAUCAUAAAACAUGGCGAAAUUAAGUUUCCUGAAGUUGCUGGACUUUUCUUUCUAACAAGAUUUACCGGGGCCAGACCGCUUAGAAAUAGCAGUGGAAUUCUGCUCGGUUCAAGAGCACGUCUAGAUCGCCUUGUAGCACGUUUUUUAAGAUGAUAUAAAGUUAGCUUUGAUAAGUGUCCGCAUUGAUUCUCGAUAAAUUUCAUGAUGGGAGGUUCACUCAAUGUCGAGAACUUUGAUUUAUAAGUCGCUUAUUUUCUCGAUAAGUUUCACGAUGGAAGGUUCACUCUUAAGCGAUCGCUCGUAAAUUUGUCUCUCCAAAUAUUCACUCUCAAGUUUUCGCUCAUAAACUAGUACAUCGUAAAGGUUGGGGAACGUGUCGUUCCCAAAAAGCUAUAAUCUUUCUCUUGACUCUCCUCCAUACCCCGUGCUUUUCAAAAUGGGGGAUAAGAUUUCAAUAUAAUGAACCAGCGAUAUAUCUCAGCGAACACUCCCAAAAGUAACGAGCCAGGGAUAUAUCUCAGUCAGCGAUAUAUCCCUAACAAUGUAACUUUGAAAAGACAGAAACACGUUGCAUUUUAUGACCGGUGCCAGCCUUCGGCUAGGCCCAGGUAAAAAGUUGCUCAGAAGUUGCUUGUUACAGUGCGACAACUUGAACCGGGGCACUCACAACUUUUUUGAAAACAAAAGGUUUUCAAUUUUGUUUGCAAACGGACCAAUAAAAUUUAAGGUUCAACUAUGCAACCUUUGAAAUCUCGGGAAACACUCAAAUUCAUGAAUGUUAUUGGUCCGUUUGGGAAAAAAAACUUGAGAAUCUUUUGUUUUCAAAAACCGUUGUGAUUGGAUAAUCGUCUUCCAACUGCCCGGAUUCGAGUAGUGGCACUGUCAAGUAAAAUGAAAUGAAAGCCAUUUUUGCCUUCCCCCCCUUUUUUUACUGAAUUAAACGCAUUUACGGAGCGUGACAUUUUAAAACAACUUUGUAAUGUCAUUUGUUUUCCUAAAAAGUCAGAGUACUAUAACUUUUAAACAGACAAAUCUUAGCUGAGGCAAUUUUAAACAAUUUUAAAUUUUCCCUUCAAUUUAACAAUGUCUUUCUUAUAAUCUUUCUUUUGAUAUUAUAGAAAAACUUUAUAUUGAUUUCACUAUUGUUUAAAUAGACCCUAAAUCAGUCAGUGUCAUUUUUGCAAACAGAACUUGGUGCGACGAAAACUCUUUUUGAUCAUUUGCAAGACGGUGCAUUCUCCUCAGUAUUCUGAUAGGGUUGUACAUAAAAACGCUUUAAAAAGUUGCCAGAAAGUUUCUCCAAGUAGUAAAAGUUGCUAAAAAGUUGCCGAGCAACUUGUGGCUGACGCUACCUGGGCUAUAUUUUUAAUAGAAAUCCUAUAUUUGAAAUUCUGGAUUUCUAACAGGUACAGAGCUUCGGGUUCCCUUUACUUUUUCUCCAGACCACAACCGUUGGUCAACUUUUUCAUAUUUUAAUAUGACACAUUUUGUGUCUGACUCGUAAUAGGCCAUUUCGGAGAUCCAAAAUCUGUCACUUUCAAAAAGAGGCAAAAUGCAAAACCUUUCUCGUGAAAAUGAGAUUUAAUUGCAUGAGAGUAAUGGAAAAAAAUUCAUUUCCAUAUCAAUAGGGUGGCACUUAACUUCACUUUGAAACAGAGGCUUAGGGCGACUCGAUCGAGAGUGGUCCUGCCUAUUAUAAUAAUGGUUUGAAUUUGCUUUUUUUUUUGGCACAAGGAAGGAUAGAAAAGUCUAAGCACUUUUACAGUAACUUCUAUUUGCCAAUAUCAUCUUUGUUUAAUUCACUUAAUUUCAGUUGCUGAUCUAACCUUCAAUUUUAAUCUCAGUUACUGAUCUAAACUUCAAUUAUUAAACUGAUUCAACUAUAAAGCGCGUCAGUUGGCUAUUCUUAGUCACUUAGCACCUAAUAUAAGUUCACUGUAGUCAUGAUGCUUUAGUUUGUUCAGCAUAGCACUCACUUGAAAAUAAUGAGGUUUUCAAAUAUAUAUAAUGGAUGAUUUUGAAUCGGUUUUAAGCUUAAAAGCAUUGAUUAAGUAUGAGAGGUUUAGCUCACAAAAUUUCCUUUUUAGACUCAGGGUGUGGUUUGAUUCCCGGCUGUGAUGAAUGUACUGAUGGUCUACUGUGUAAGACCUGCAAACAAUCCUUCAUACCUGUAGAGUACGAAAGAAAUAGAAAGAUAAUCAUCCGAUGUACGCGAUCGUGCCCGGUGGGCUUCAACAUCACCUCAAGACAGGGAUAUUCCAGGAUAUGUAUCAGGACAGAGCUUGGUAUGUUAUACAGCAAGCAUGCGAUCUUUGUAGCGUCUAUAGAGAUACUCUCGACUGACGUGUUUCCCCUGAGAUUUUAGACCAACUGAUGCCGGCUUACGCGUAUAUAAAUGCGUACAUUACAAAAAGUCAAAGAAUUAUUGCCCUGAGAAGCCUGAGAAGGCUACAUGGUCUGAAAUGGGAAAACCUGUAAAAAAUACAAGCUGAAAGGGAGGACCUUUGAUGCCCUGAUAAUACACACUCGAUGUAAAAAACAUCCGGGUUGUACUUUAGGCCACUGGAUACGUGUAGUAGAGUUCAAACGCUAAACUCCAUAGAAGGACUGUUGGUUGUAUUAAAUAAAUAGAUAAACCAUGCACAGAAAUAACGUUUUACCAUGUAAUCAAUCCUUUUGAAAGGGCUAAAAACGCAUCUAGUUUCCAGUAGCCCACGUUCGAUAAUUUAUAUUAAAAUUCUAACAUGACUCCGAGACUUUAGGGUACCAACUGCAAAGUUUUCACAUUGGACUCUAUAUUGUCUCGCAAUUCCCAGAUGAGACUUCAACACAAAGACAACCAAACCAAACAAAAAAAAAUGACCAGAAAGCCCCGGAGUCAUGUUGCAAUUGUGGACUAUUGAAGAGGGCGAUCAAUGUAGGUUUCUGGGAAACUGCCCACCUACCCCUCCACUAAGCUAACAUUAACACUUACUUCUCACUUAGUGAAGAGAGAAUAUGGGGAAUGAUCAACAAAUAAUUAUAAUGAGAAAUUUACGUUAUACUUACUUCUCACUUAGUGAAGAGGGAAUAUAGGGAAUGAUCAACAAGUUAUUAUAAUGAGAAAUUUAAGUUAUUGAAGGUACAUAGAACUGGUCAAAAGUGUUUGAAUGAAUGAAUGAAUGAAUUACAAUGAAUUAAUGAGCGAACAUUUCAACCUUGAAUCCUACUGUUUUCUAAGGCAUAAGAUUGUCCGCCCAGCAAAGUGAAGUAAAGUGAAGUAAAGUGAAGCAAAGUGAAGCAAAGUGAAGUAAAAGUAAAAUCCAACUAGUGGUCUAUUAUCAAUGCUGCGUUCUGAUUGGUUGAGCUACUACUGGGCUAUAAUGUUAUAGCCCACUAGUAGCAAAAAGCGCCGGAUUUUUGGCGGCUAAAAAGGAUUAAAGUCUUACUUUAAGUUGUUUUGUCUCGAUAUUUUUGACCAACUAGUUGGAUUUUACUAAAAACAAUUAUUCCUCUCUCCCUCAUGGCCUCUGAGUCAAUAGCCCAUUCGGGCUAGUCUGAUUCUUGGAUCGCUUGCAUUCAUGAAAUAACGUGGUUUAAUCACGUACCAGAAGUCAAAAAAAAUACACAGAACUAACCCAUUUAUACCACGCCUCUUCUCACUUCAGGUCGAUUAAACAAGAUUGCUCUACGCACGCAGAUUUUGGAGAAGCGAACCAAACCAAAUUCGAAUGGCAAGUGCUUAUUUUCCUGGGCGUAUCCUUGUUUCACUUCUUAAUUCUGAGGCUGAGACAUAACAUUGUCGGCUUUUGCAAAAGAGCAGCUUAAAGAUAAUCGACCUCCUUUCAUGUAGUCUUCUGGAAGGUUACCCGGAGGUUUAAGAUAUAAUAAACCCCCAUAUGGCCUGCUAGAACCUGGACUUUUAUAGCGCCUUUCGCUACAAUUGUAGCUUUGUCCUCAAACUGAGCCAUCCAGCUCGGUGACAAUUUUGCGUUCACGUUCUCGGCUGUUUGGGGAUUAAUAGAGUAAGAGACACCAAUAACCCAAGUCCUUCAGAGCUAAAACUCCGUUGACUUAUUGACCUUUCUGUAAGUUAACUGGGAAAUGUUUCUAUAUAAGUAAAAACGGAUCGGAAUAAUUCAGCGCAAAUCACUUAGCCUGCGAAUUCAGCCGCCUCUCUCUUUUCUCUUCGUGGAGGACGUUUCUAAAUGUCACAGCGGUGGGGAGCGAUGAGAGCAGAGAGGGGCUGUGUUCGCAGCUUACGAAGCAUUUUGAAAGCCCUAAAACCUAGUGGAAUUAGCUUCCUUCCUUCCAGUCGCCCUAAGUGGUUUAUUCUAUACUAACUGUACGAAUCUUUGAUUGUCAAUCAUCAUAUACUUACAGAAAUUCGUUCAUUCAUUCGCGAGGGGUGAAUGGAUAAGCAGCGUUUUAUGUUGCUGUAAAUUUGUUCGAUUUGUUUUCAAGGUUGUACUGCACGAAACUGCGAUGACUGCCACCAGCACAGUCCUGUAAGCUGCGCGAAUUGCACUCAAGGAUAUUACUCACUUCAGAAAAAGAUUAUGGGAAACGUGAGAUGUGUGAAAAACUGCCCAAUUGGUUUCACACCCUCCAUGGACAGUGACGGAAAGAAGCUAUGCAAAGAUACACAAUCAAGUAUGUAAUUCCUUUAUUUCGCGUUGUGUAAAGGAUCGAUAACUAUUUAAUUAUAGCAUUCAGUUGCAUGUUAGCUAUCUCUGAAUGACUAGAACCGCAACAUGGGACACAGACCCGGCUGGAAAGGCAGAAGCACAUAAUGUUUGACGGCCUAUAUAGUUGUCUAUACCGGUACAGGAUAUCGCGAUUGAUUGCCGAUCUCUCUGGGUUGAAUACGGCAUACCAUUUGCGAGCUAAUUCUAAACAGGUUCUAAUUGUAGAAACUCAGAGCAUUGUUUUGUUCGAUGUUCUUAACUGUGCUCUUAAUUGUUGUCCUUUAUAUGGCAAGGUUUUUUUAGAUGUUCUUUUUACCUAAAAAUGGUUCACCCCUUUACCCAAACUUGACUCAAGUAACCCCUCCGGAACACAAACGAUCAAUCAAAUGCUGGCUAAAUUGUGAAGGCCUCAAGAUUUCAAAAGGUUAAGAAAAAUGGAAAUCGCAAGACAGUAUUUUUCAGUAUUGUCUAGUGAGAAAUGACAGAUUUUGCACGAUUUAAUUACGACGCAAUUUGCAAGCUCUUAGAAGCAAUAGUACUAAACAGUUUCUAUAAAAUGAUAUAAUGAGGGUGUUUAAAAUCGCAUCCUUUAUUUUCAGAGUGUAAACCCAUCGUGCCUAAUUGUGCCAAGUGUCUCGAUAGCCUCCGUUGUCGGAAAUGUAGGAACGCUUUUCACGCUUUCUUUAACAAAUCUGGCAUGGUUUGUGUUCGGAAAUGUCCAAAAGGACUUGUGCCCUUUAAUUCAAGCUACUUUGGCAAAUACUGCAAAAAGCCACUUGCAGGUAAGUCGUUCUGUACACUAUUUUAGUAACAGAUUGGAGUUCCUGUUAUGUGUGUCAGUGAGUCAAAAUAAAUAAGUUUGAUAGUAUUUUACGUGUAAAAACUUAAUUUUGUUAAUAACCUUAAUAUUGUCUUAUUUAUUUUUAUCUCUUAUUCUAUUUAUUUUAGUAUGCCGUGGCAUACUUGUAUGUAAAUUAGCUGAUGAAGUUUUCAUUUAAACUAAUCCAUAUAGCUAAGCAUAUGUUCCACUUUAAAUAAAGUAUUGUUAAUUAUUAGUAUUGUUCCUUGAUAACGGUUUGGCCGACUUCACGUGGAAGGCCGUAACAGAGUAGCUCCCGAUCAACAAUUAAGCAAUAUUACCCCACUGAAAAUAAAGCCACUGACGUUAGUUUCCCGUGCACCAAAAGCCAAGGCUAACCAUGGUGCAAGCCUAGUUCGACCAACCAAAGCUUGCUAAUGUUAUCAAAUUAAACCGGGCUUUACCAUAUGCAUAUGUGCAACAAACCUGGUAUUCCUGGUAAGCGUGGCAAGCCUGGUUAUUCUGUACUGGCAGGAAAACCAGGCUUCAACCAGACUCUUUAAAUGAUGAAUUAACCAUAACAGGACAAACAAAAGAAAAAAGAGUAAAAGUGUGUUUAAAUAGGCAAAUGCUAUCAGAGUGGACUAAGGAACAAAUUUUGUUUAAUACGUAGUCUGGGUCGGGUUGCAUAAAACAUCUUAAGAUUAAGGGAACUCGUAACUAUUAGUUCAAAACAUUAGAUUAUUGUUUCAGAACAAAAGUUAAGAGCCCAGCUCUUAUCUUAAGAAGGCUUUAUGCAACCUCCCUUGGCCCCCAUUGCAUUCUACAUUCAAAUUUGCCAUGAAAAAGCCGAUUGAAUUAAUUACUUUCUGGUCAGAAUGCAGAUAUGUUGCUAACUGUGCUAGAUGCCCUGACAAGAUCAACUGCCGGAGAUGUAAGCCAAGAUAUUUUAAGAUAAAAAUUUCUGCAUUCCACAAUUCAACUUGCGUGGUCUCUUGUCCUCGUGGGUUUGCGAAAAAGGGGAGAAGGUGCCAGCGAAUUACGGAAGGUAAUCAAUCCUUAAAUUUAUUUAUGCAGCAAUGAUUAAAGGUUUUAAAUAACUUUAAUUUUUAUUUAGCACUUGUUUACUGAACAGAAUGUCAUGGCUUGGAAACGGGGCCUUGAUGGAUUCUCAAGGUCUAGUUUAUAUAGCUGUAGCCACGUAGAAGUUGCGGCAGCGCAGGGCAUCCUGUCAAUUACUUCCAGGGUGGACAUUUUUGAAAAAAGGCCAAUUCCCGUCCUCAUAAGGGUAGAGACAGAUACUUAACAGUACCUUCUAUCGUACAGUAUUCUGAUAUUUCACCGCCACUGGGCCAUACUUGUAGGACUUAGCUUGUCUUUGGUCAAUUUUUCACUUUCAACUAGCACCAGAUACAAGUGGACGAUGGAAAACGAUUCGCAAACGCCAUGUCUGGACGACAAUCUUUUUCAAAUUUGAAACAAAUUGCUUGUUGUUAAAGAAAGACAGAAAUGUGUGGAUGGGGCCUUAAGUAAGUCAACUGGACUGGCAUUCAUUUACAUUUUCUGGAAAGACUUCUUUUUAAUUCAUGUCCCUGUAGAUGGCUGUGCUGGUGAAUAUUGUUUGACUUGCAAAGAGGGAUGGUUUCGAAUCAACUACAAUAAGCGGCGUUGCCAGCGCAAGUGCCCCAAAGGAUUUUACACCUAUCAAAAAAAA